AUGAUCACCAUGGCUGGCGAGGAAGCAAGGCAGGCGUGGUACGAUUUCGUGAGGAAGACGCGUUGUAAGCGGAACGGACAUCCUAUUGGAUGUACAUGCUUUGAUCCUUUUCAUGCGGAGUUUUGUGGGGAGAUGAUGCCGGAGCUUGCGAGUGGGAGUGGGAGGAGGGGGAGUGCAGGGCCGAGGUAUCCGUGGAUGUGGAAUGGGGAGCCGUUGGAUGGAGGCGAGUUUGUGAGGUGGAGGGAUUGGACUUUUGAGUCUUGGGAGAGGGCGGCGAGGGCGGGGAUUAUUAACGAGGUUGAGCACGCUCGAAAACGCUCCGCGCUCCUCAACCGCUGUAACGAACGACGACAAGCUGAAAUCGCCGAAUCCAUCGAAGAAGAAUCGCAACCCUCACGCACCCCAACCCCCAUCUCCAAAAUGUGGCCAGGCGAACCCGAGGACCCAGUAGAAUUCGACAAAUGGCGUCUCGGCCUCUCUCGGUCAUACUACGAAGCCCACCAAAACGACGACCUAACCCUAGAAGAAUACUCCCAGAAAUGCGCCGCGCUGCUCGUCAGGUCGAAUGAACGGAACUUUGCUGCUGCGGCGGCCAGAUCGAGGGGUGAGAUGGAGCGGGGUGCGAGUGAGGAGCGUGGAAGAAGCAGGAGGGAGAUAAGUCCUACUCCGGAGGAUCGUUCGAUGGUGCUAAAGGGGGCUGUGCCGGGUUUGGAGAAGUUGGGAGUUUUGCCGGAGCCGGAGGCGGAGGAUGAGGUUGAGAGGUUGGGUCAGGUGCUGGAGGAUCUGGAGGAGAGGCCGGUGAGGCCGAGGAGUAUGGAGAAAGAAGAGGGGGAGUGGUGA